AUGCCUGGCUCGAAUGCGAUGGCGAGAUAAUGUCCGUGUACGACGUCAAGGGCGAUGCUGCGGCGAGAGAAAUAUCCUGCUUCCUUCUGGCCGAACAGGGCAAGACGUUUACGAUUCACUGGAGGGAUCGGGGCAGCGGAAUCGCCUCGGCGUCCUACAUCGAGCUUGAUGGUGUCACGGUCCCCGGAAAGUUCUUGUACGGCAGCGGAACGAGUUUUCGUUCCGGGGUAAGGACUGGUCCAGAGAGCGAGCGGCCAUUCUCGUUCGCGAAGGUCCCAGAUCAAAACCCGUCGGAUGCACCGCUGGACUACAGGUACGAUCUGCAGAAGUGUGGCAAGAUCGCGUUAUGGAUCAAGAAGGUCACCCUGCGAGAACACUGCGGGGCUAACUCGAUCGUUGAUGCCAUUCCGGAGCCUAUGAAGGGAAAAGGGAGACAUUUCCCCCUCGCAGUUGGCUACGAGGCUGCGAGGCCCACGGGCUAUCAACACGAGCUCACUCGUACAUUUGAACCCUUCGACAAUACGAAUCCCGGCCCUGAAGUCACCUUCGUUUGGCGCUAUCGUGAUCUCGAGUGGAUGAUUAUCAACGGCCAUAAUAUCCCUGGCCGCAUGUUGCCUCCCCCAGAGCCAUCUUCGGCACACCGAAAGAAGGCUAAGGGUAAGGAGAAAGAAAGGGCAUCACGCGACGGAGACACGCCUAGUCCAACCGUAGGGGCGAAGCGGGACAGGGUACGUUAGGCCCCACUCUCAACCCACAUCUCAGAAAGAUGUCGUAAUUCUGGGUUUCCUGUAUAUUAUUGUAUUAUCUUAGAGUGCCUCAGAAAGCUCGCACAGAGUGCCCAAGACCACAGACGGUCA